GUUGUUUCCUGCUGCACAGAUGGUGUCCGAUUCUCCGCCUUAUAUCUUGCACGGAACUGGGAAGUUAGGACCCCUUUGCUCUGAUUUGCGAAUUGGCUUGGUGUCAACUCUGCGGGAUGUGGAGGAUCAAUUUCUACAAUGGUUGGAGUGGUUUCGAAUCAUCGGAUUUGCACAUCUCUUCCUCUAUUUUGACGAUCCUGCUUGUGAUGAGGCAGCCAUCGCAGCAGCUCGAUCCACCUACUCAGAAGACUUCGUGUCCUUUGCGCUGAAUACUCCGGAGCUUCGGAAGGAGUGGAUGUCACUGAAGACGUGGCCCAAGUUUUCGCCCUUUACGGACGACCGCAUGUGCCGGCAGCUGCUCAACAUUGCCCAUGCAUUGCGACGGGCGCAAGCGGCCCCAGCCGAGUCUGUGGAGUCUGUGGAUUGGAUGUUCCAUUUGGAUCAUGAUGAACUGUUCUUGCCACCUCCACAAGGGUUACAGGCGCAUUUCAAACAUUUGGAGGCGGGCAAUUGCCGCCUUUGCCUCUACCAGAACUUUGAAGCAGCACCUCGGGACCAUACCACCAUGCCCUUUGUUGAUGUCAACCUCUUCAAGAUCCCCAGUGGCCGUGUAAGCAAAACUCCCCUGGGAGCCGCUGGGAUGAACUUUUGGGCCCAAAGAACCAAGGCACGAAACUACUUUUUGUACUACGACAAUGGGAAAAGUGCCGUGAGGAUUGACAAAACUUACAAAACUCAUCGAGGUGGCAAAGAUAUCGCCCCAACCUCCGUUCAUUUGCUGUAUCCUCCUGAUGAUUUGGAGGAAUUGAUCACUGGAAAGCAUGGAUGGACCACAUUUCCAGAACAUGAACUUUCAGAUAUGAAUCUGACCUGGAUGUCAUCCUGUCAUGACGAGAUUGUGGUUGGUGCAAAGGUGCUGCACUAUCCUGCCACCCAUUUUGAUCGCUUGUGGCAUAAGUACAACCACUUGGGGAAUUUCCCGGCCGUGCGAUUUGGAGGCGAAUUGGUUGUGCCAGACUCAUUUCACUUGCAGGCACGUGAUGAGUACUUAAAGCAUCAGGACAAGACUGUUCAGCAGCAGAAGCUGAAGGAACUGUUGGAGCACGCUGCGUUUCUUCGAAGUGAGGAGGAGAUCCAGUCGCAGUUGGAGACCGGCUCGGUGGUCGUCAUCGACACGGUGCGCGACUCGUUGCAACGUGGCUGCUGGACAGCACCGAGGCUCCUGCGUCCGAGCCUUCAUAGCCUGCUACAGCGGCGUCCCAGCAAGGCAGAGAUGGAACGAAUGCAAAAGAUGAAGCGAUUUCCAGUGGAAAAACUGUCAUGUCCUGAAGGUCUUCUGAAAAAUUCGGAUCCUGGUUUGGAUUUGGUGCUUCAAGAACUGGAAUCCAAGGGCUGGGCGGCCUGCAACUUGGGACUUCAUCCCAAGAUCUUGCAGCGUGCCUUGCUGGAGGCUCAACAACUGAAGCCACGGAUGGCCAAAGGGUCCACCGUCAUCGAAAAUGAGAUCUUGGAUCCCAGCCUUCCAAAUGCUGACCGUGGGGAUCGUAUCCUCUUCAUGCAGGAACAAGGAUUAAGUGGAGCCGCUGCAGCCAAAGGACCUGCACCCACUUUGACCAUGUUGGAGUCCGCACUGACCGAUUUCGGCAUGCAGUUGGACCUGAGGCUCCAACGUAGCAGCUUGCGGCUGCGGAUCACUGAGCGUUGCGAUGGGAUGCUGGCAUGUUACGAAGCUGGAGGAGCCUAUAGCGCCCACAUCGACAACGCAGAUGGAGAUGGUCGUGUGGAUGGCCGAGUUUUGACCAUGGUUUUGUACCUCAACGUGAAUUGGGACCGCUCAGCAGGUGGUGAGCUGGCCAUUUUUGAAGCAAACGAUGGAGACCUGGGGGAUCCAAAUGUCAAGGGCAGCUGGCAUGUGGUGUACCCUGAGGCAGGAACCUUGGUCUUACUUAGGGCAGAUCGCGUGUUGCACGAGGUUCGCAGUGCCUAUGAGGAGCGCUUUGCUUUGAGUAUGUGGUUCUGUGGACAACAUGUGGAGUACGGUGGAUCAUGAAAAGAGCAACUAAAAAAGCAUCCAAUACAUUCCAAUACCGUCAAAAUCCCACUGCCGGGAAUACAAAGUUCUUGGCUGAGAUGGACAUUUCUGAGAAUGAUCACGUUUAGUCAGCUGCCGCAAAA